AUUGCUCUAUUUUUUUGUUGUUCUGCUAGUUUUUGCAUGCUGCGAUUAGAAUCGUAUUAAAAUUAUUGAGUAAAUAAAUAGCGUUUUAGUUUUACAAAGUUUUUAGCAUUACUUUUAGAAAUAAACAGUUUGCUAUGCCGUUGGGUGCCUGAUAAUAAGAAUGGGCUUUGAAAUCAAAAGGUUUCAAGGUGACGUUGAUGAGGAGCUUAUUUGUCCGAUUUGUUCAGGAGUUCUAGAAGACCCUUUACAGGCGCCUGCUUGCGAACACGCAUUUUGUCGUGCUUGUAUAACAGAAUGGAUCAGUCGUCAACCGACUUGUCCGGUAGAUCGUCAGGCGGUCACAUCCAGCCAGUUGCGACCUGUUCCCAGAAUACUACGUAACUUGUUGUCCAGAUUGUGUACAAGUUGUGAUAAUGCACCUCAUGGAUGUAAUGCCACUCUGAAAUUGGACUCCUUGGCAUCACAUUUAGUUGAGUGUGAAUUCAAUCCGAAAAGACCAGUUCCGUGCGAGGCUGGCUGUGGAUUGGUUAUUCCGAAAGAUGAGUUAGCCGCACACAACUGUGUCCGAGAUCUGCGCUCCCUCAUUGCAGCACACCAGUGUAAACUGACAGAAUACCAACAAGAACUGUCUGAACAGAGACUCAUAAUCAAUGAGCACAAAAGGGAAUUAGCCUUGCUGAAGGAGUUCAUGCGUGCUAUGAGAGUAUCCAACCCUACAAUGCGAGCAUUGGCAGAUCAAAUGGAAAGAGAGGAAGUGAUCCGCUGGGCAAAUUCUCUCUCUCGAGCUAGAGUCACUCGCUGGGGCGGUAUGAUAUCCACACCUGAUGACGUCUUACAGGUGAUGAUGAUAAAACGAAGCUUAUCAGAAUCAGGCUGCCCUCCUCACAUAAUUGAUGAUCUCAUGGAAAACUGUCACGAAAGAAGGUGGCCACCUGGACUGUCUUCUUUAGAAACUAGACAAAAUAAUAGAAGGCUGUAUGAAAAAUAUGUUUGCAAGAGAGUGCCUGGUAAACAAGCUGUUCUUGUGUUGCAAUGUGAUAACACUCACGUUGAUGAGCACAUGAUGGUGGAGCCUGGACUUGUGAUGAUCUUUGCUCAUGGCAUUGAAUGAAUGUUUUGAACUCAGCGUGCUAUUUUAUAUAAUAAUAUUGAGGUAAGGUUGGGACUGUAUUUAAACCUGAAUCUCUCCAGGAGCCUGUUUUACAAUGAGUACUUUCGAUUUGCCACAGCUGUCAUGACUCAUGAGUGACAGUCAAUAAAUGCGCGCUACGCCUAGCAAUGACCAAUUACCGCGUGGUAAUUUUCCGAAUCCGAGUCGAACGGGAAUAAUUGUGAGUCAGGUUGCAGGCAGAAAAA